AUUCCUCCGCGACGCGUCACCCUGUAUGGCCCAGCCUUUGCUCGGCCUUUGCUCGAGGGCUGGUACCUCGUUAAGUUUCUACCCUGGCCCGCGUCGGCGUACACUGGCCAUAGGUUCUUUCCUUGACUUAGGCUUUGACUUGCCUUGCUAAGUUUCUAGUGACUCUCGGAGGCGUGGCCAAAUGGGCGGGGCCUGUGGGCAUCGCGGAGCUGGUGCCUAGCAACAACGGAGCUAUCGGAACCUCAGAGUUUGCUUAGCCCAGAAGUCAGCCUAGAAACCUGGCCAUGACAGACGAAAGCAAGACUCAGAGAACUCCAUCUACCUGUAGCUCUAGAACGGGGUCAUUAAAGGAGCCUCACAGUACCCGUUCACAGAAAAUGCCAAAGCUAAAGGUUCCUGAAGCCCCAGAGAAGAUCCUGCGACGCAUCUUUGGGACCAGUCAUGUGUUCUAUGUUAUGGCAGAUACGACAAAACCAAGGGUGAUAGGGUCAACGGUGCCUGCCAAAGUCAGAGAGUACUAUAACCAAGGCCAUCAGUGCCUACUCCAAGAGGACUGGGAGAUGGCCGUGCUCUUCUUCUCCCGCGCCCUCCACCUGGACCCCAAACUGAUAGACUUCUAUGUAUUCCGUGCUGAGGCCUUCAUCCAACUCUGUGACUUCUCCUCUGCCCUCCAGAACCUCCGCAGGGCCUACUCCUAUGACCCAGGGAAUAACAAAUACCUGGACCGGCUGGCCUUUGUGCUCUACCUCCAGGGCCAGUGCCUGUAUGAGCUGUGUGACUUCCAGGAAGCCCUCUGUGUCUUCCUGCAAGCCUCCGACCUCCAGCCCCAGAACGCUUCCUUCAGUUAUCGAUGCAUGGCCUGCCUGCUGGCCCUCAAGCGGUAUCACGACUGCCUUGCCCUCAUCACUAGGGAGGUGAAGCAGGGCAGAGCCAACGCUGAUGUCUACAUCCUCCGGGCUCGGCUCUACAACUUCUUCCAGAAGGCCAAGCUCUGCUAUCAGGACCUUCGAAGUGCCUUGCUCCUAGAUCCCUUGCACACACAGGCCAAAGGGCUGCUCCAGAAGAUGGUGGACCAGGCCAAGCAGUCUCUCCAAGAUGCCAGCAUCCUGGCCGUGCAGGGCAAGCUGCACCGUGCUCUGAAGUGCAUCAGCUUCGCCAUUGAGAACAAUCCCUUGGAUCCCAACUUCUUCCUCUUCCGGGGCACCCUGCGCAGACGGCUCCAGCAAUUUGACCCAGCUGUGGAAGACUUCCUGAAGACAAUGGACAUGGUGACUGACACCCAGGACAUCCUAGUGAAGCAGGCGCAGCGCCAGCUGCUGCUAACUUACAAUGACUUUGCUGUGCACUGCUACAACCAUGGUGCCUAUCAGGAGGGCGUGCUGCUGCUGAACAAGGCUAUCAGAGAUGAGCAGAACGAGAAGGGCUUGUACAUCAACCGUGGGGAUUGCUUCUUCCAGCUGGGCAAUCUGGCCUUUGCGGAGGCUGACUACAAGCAAGCGCUGGCCCUGAGCCCGCUGGAUGAAGGCGCCAACUUGCGCAUGGGUGUGCUGCAGGAGAAGAUGGGCUUCUGCCAGCAGAAACACAGGCAGUUCCAGACAGCAGAGGAGCACUUCUCGGAGGCCAUAAGACACAACCCCCAGAAACCACAGUACUACCUGCACCGGGCCAAGUGCCGACAGUUCCUGCAGAACAUUCUGGGGGCCCGCCUGGAUGUCGCUACUGUACUGCUUCUCAAUCCCAAGUAUCCCAAGAUGGCAGCAGUGAUGAACUCCCUCUUUCCUAGCAUGACUGUGGAGAACGUGCUUAAGACCCAACUGGCUGAACUGGCCAAGCUCCAGCUAAGUCGGAUGAUAGAAAAUGGGCCGAAGAACAUCUAUCCUCAGAACACUGUGAUGCAGCGGUUAUUGGAACGCAGGAAAGCCCAAGUCCUGGUGAAGUUCUGGAAGCAGGAACUUCUUGGGACCCCUGAAGAGGAAGUGACUCUUUACCAGGCUCCGCAGCUGGUAGAGGAAAAAAAGGUGAAACCCUCUCGCAGGAGGGCAUCCCUGACAGACAGCUACGUGGACCAGACCUCGUCAGGCUCCGUCUUCAGCAUGGUGAGCAUCAGCACGUUGGGGCCGGAGAUGUCAACCAGUCAGGAGUAUAGGAGCUCUUCCCACACAGCUAUAGCGUCCUCGGAUUCCGUACUGCUAAAGCCUCAGUUCUCAGUACCCAAGAAGGGUCAGGAACUGACCUGGGGCCCCAAGGUCGUCCAGGUGAUCACGGAGAACCUAACCCAGAACGCCACUGAGGUCACACCUGCCUAUGGCCAAAAGGACUCCAAAAAGGCUACCCAAGGCCCAAAGCCCAGGAAGACAGAGGAUCCCAAGGGUCCUAGCCAGAGCACCAGCAGGACAGAAGCCCCUGAGGGCCCAAGGCCUAGCAAGUCCAGGUCUACCCUGAGCGUCAAGGAGAGAAUCAGAAGAGCUAAGGCUGUUCGCGCCCAGGGCUGGAAACUCAAGGCCCAGCGCAGCAGCCAGAAAGUAACCAAGACUUCCAGUGCGACCCAUAGUGACAUCGGUGAGAGUGCCAAUGACACCCUGGGCCAGACUCCAUGGCCCAGCAAGACUGACGAUAACUUAAGCUUCAGUGAGAUCUCAUCAACAGAUCUCAACAGUAGUGAAAGCUUCUUGGAACUGACUAGCCUUUUAACUGGGGAGGUCCAACAGAUCCCAGGAGACAGAGAUAAGCUCGCCUCUGCCAAUUAACUCCUCCUUCAAAGGGCCAAUGAAGCCCUUCCUGAGCAGGGGACAGAUUUCAGCCAAGCUGCCUCCUCCCAGGACAGUAAGAAACUUUGGUCAAUGUUCUAAUACCAUGGCUAAGUUUAUUAUCUCUGUUCUCUUGUACAAAAUUAAAAAACUUUGAAAUUCA